AUGUGUGUACCGGACGUGCGCCUAUGCAGAGUCUGCGGCGACAACCGUCCCUACUGGUGGACCAAAUGCCUUGCCUACCGGCGCACCGAGCGCAAAGCCUGCAGCGAAGGCUACACCACGCCCUUCCCGCCGGCCAGAUGCCCCGUGUAUCUCCAUAAGCCCCAGAUUGGCAAGCAGUGGCCGUACAUGUACCCCUCCUUCCAAUGCCCAAACACCAAAUGCCCUGACAAAGUCAACGCGCCAAUCAUACUGGCCCGACUAGAGCGCGCCAGGCUCGAGAAGAAGCGACGAGAGGAGGAGCUCAAACAGUUGAAGGACCUUCGCAAGGAGGAGUUUGCGAGAAAGUACUUCAAGAAGAAAGUUAUCCUGACCUAUGCUGAGCGCGUGCGCCGCAUCGAAGCCUUGGAGCAGCAGAAGCGGGCCGGGGAAGAAGCCAUAGAGGCGGAGCAGAAACUAGUCUACAACGAGUGGCUUGCAGAGAAGCAGUGCCAAGUCCAGUAUCAUGACGACAUGCGCAUCAUAGAAGAAGGGCGCGUGGGAAGAGAGGACAACCCAGAGCUGCAGCUCACCAUCUACGACGACGAUGACCAUGCGUGGACCGACUCGGCCAAUGCGUCUGAAGAAGACAAGGGUUAUCUAAUCGACGACCAGCGAAGCCCUGUCAUUAGUGCUGACUCUCUUGGGGAUAUGAAGAGGAGAGUAUACUCGUUGGCAGAGCUUUAG